GGAACGAAUUCACUCGCCGGCUCUCAACAAGAACGCGUCGACAUAUACACCGUGCUUGAACGUACUGAGGUGAUAUAUUUGUUAUUUAUCCUACGGUCGAAGGCGAGUCAAUCGUAAAAAUGGCCGGGGAAAAACGUACUCAGGACCAAGAGGAAACUUUAUUGUCGGAAACGGUGAUCUUAAUUGACAUCGAAGGCACCACGACGAGCAUAAGCUUCGUGAAGGACACACUUUUUCCUUACGUGCGAGAGAAUUUAAAGAAAUAUAUUGAAACUAAAUGGGAGGAUGAAGAAUUCAAACAAGACUUUGAAAAAUUAAAGGAGCAGGCAAAAAAAGAUGAAGAAGAUAAAAUUGAUGGUUUUGUACCAAUUACUGGUACUAAUGCAGAAGAAGAGAGAAAAUCACUUGUAAAAAAUAUAUUAUGGCAAAUGGAUGGUGACCGAAAAACUGGUGCACUGAAACAAUUACAGGGGCACAUGUGGCACGAGGCUUAUAAUUCUGGAACAAUUAAAGCACAUGUUUAUGAAGAUGUACCAAAAGCACUAGAAUCGUGGACAAGUGAUGGUAAAAAAGUCUAUAUUUAUUCAAGUGGUAGUGUUGAAGCACAAAAACUUCUAUUUGGACAUUCUAUACAUGGUGACUUACUUAAGUAUUUCAGUGGUUAUUUUGAUACUGAAGUAGGUGCGAAACAAGAAUCAAGUAGUUAUAAAAAUAUAUUAAAUAAAAUUGGAGCUGAACCAUCAAGCGUAAUUUUCUUAACUGAUGUUGUCAAAGAAGCUGCUGCUGCGAAAGAAGCAGGCUUAUCAACGGUUAUAGUACUGCGCGAAGGCAAUGCUCCUCUUACAGAUGAAGAAAGAGUGGCUUCCACAACUAUUAAGUCAUUCUUAGAUUUAACGUUUCAAACUUCUACAAAACGACAAAAGUUAGAAACUACAGAAGUUCAAGAAAAUAAAAGUAAGAGUACAUCUGAUGUUAGUGAACCAAUGGAUAUUUCCGAAGAUGUUGAAAUGACCGAUAAAGUAGAAGCAAAAGAAGUUGUUCAAGAAGAAGCAAAAGAAUGUAUAAAAGAUCAGCAACAAAAAGAAGCUCCAGUCACAGACGUGAAAAUGGAAGAGCCAAUGGUUAUUGAUACAAAAGAUGCACCAAACGUUGAAAAGCUGGAAAAUACAGCUGAAAAGGUAGAACUUCAGCCAACAGAGGUGAGUACAAAACUAGACACUUCCGAAAAUGUGCAAGCUGACGUGAGUAGUAACGCCGAAUCAGUAGCAAUAACUUCAAAAGAUGAUGAAAAGUCUGCGAUUUCUGAAAAAGUAGAAAAGCCAAUAGAUACAGAGAAGUCUGUAGAAUCUAUGCCAGAGGCAACUCCUACUGCGAAUGACCCCUUGGACGUUGGAAUGAGUGAGCCUAAAUCAAAGUCUGAAGAAGUUUCUAUUACAGAGAAUAAGACUGAAGAAUCGUCAAAUACUGCUAAAGAAACUAAAUCUGAUGAUAUGAAAGUGUCAGAGGUAAAACCUACUGAAACUGCAUCAAAAGAGAAGGAUAGUAACAGUAUAAACGAAAAAUCAGAAGAAUGUGCUAAUAAAGCAGAAAAAGAAACGAAAGAGGAAUCCACUGAAAAAGUUGUAAUUACUCCUAGUAUAACAGAAACUAAAACAUCAGAAAAUGAAUCUUCGGUAAAACCUGCGCAAGAACCCACUAAGACAGAAGAGAAACCUGCAGAAAAUGGUAAUGUAUCAUUGACAAGUGUAGAAAAAAUUACUGCGCCAACGAUAACAGAGCCAGAAGCUACUAGUAGCAAAGCAGAUACAAAUACUGAAAUUAAAAAUACGACAGAAGUAGCUAAAGAAACAAAAUCUGAAACAGAAACAGAAUUGACUAACGUAAAAUCCCCUAAAACGAAAGAAACAGAGGAAACAACAACGUCCGCAAACGAUGCAGAAAAACAAGUAAGUGCAGAAGCAUCAAAACAGGAAUUGACAGAGAAACCAACGAAAGAAGAAACUGUAGUGGAUGAAACAAAAGAAACGAAUACAGUGGAUUCUGAAAAGAAAAAAUUAAAUGGUACAACACAAAACGGAGAUACGGAUGUGCCACUGUCAGAUGAUAAAUUACAGAGAAAUGGACUAAACGAGGGGUCAUCGAAUGAAAAUGUUAAUUCGUCAACGAGCGGUAGUACAUCUGCGCAAAAUGGUGAACCAGAGAGUUCCUCUGAGACUAGUGCAGAAUCUAUAAAAGUCAAAAAGGUCGUUGAUUCUGCAGUAGCCGAUGGUGCCGGCGAACCUGACGUUGUUCCCCCUGUAGUUGUAGCUGCGACGUCUUAAUCUUGUUCUUAUACAUUUUAAGAAGUCCUUCAUACAUAACCCCAACCCACAAUACUUAUCCGCAGAUAUAAACUGAAAAGUUGGCUCCCUACACCUUACAUAAAUCGUACGACGUUAAAGAUGUAAUACGUUAAUUUAAAAUACAGUUCAUAAGAUUUCUAUUUCUUCAACAAAUAUGAAGGAAGACGAUGAUGCGACAUAUACAGCGUGUUUCACGUUCGAUUAUCUUCUCUAACGUUACAGUUUGAUAUAUUGCAUGUUCGUCGAUUAUGUUAAAUAGAAAAUUCUUUAAAAAUUCACGAACACUCAGUUCCUAUUUCACUUGCUUAAUUUAUUUCGUUAUACUUUGUCCUGCCAUUUUUGGUUUGUCUACACAAAUGUAUUUUUUAUAGUAGACAGAUUAUAUACCUAUUCUUAAUUUAAAUCGACCCAGAGAUAAUCGAAAAUGUCAUUCGCUGUAGUAAGGCUAAAAAGUAUUUUUGAUUUUUUGUUUUCUAUUACAUUUUACGAUGUGUAUCCUUCUUUUGUAUUGCCUAAACGAAAUGUUACGGUAUGAACAUUUAUAGGAUAGCAAAUUCAUCAUAGUUGGAGUAUGCUAAAAUACCGAAUGUACUUUGUGCCAAAUGAACUAAUUCAUCAGUUUGAAGAUUUUUCUAUAAUUAUACAUAUAAUGUUUAAAGAUCUGAUCACUAUUUUAGUUUCUAACAACAAUCAGGGAACUUUGAUUAUAUAUGAUUUUAAGACUGAAUUGGUAAUGCCUCGAAAAGUCGCUGGCUUUAGACUAUACGAUAUAAUUUUUGCAUACUCUCUUGUGUACUUAAUUUUAUAAACUGAUAGUAACACAGUGAUCUUUGAAUCAUAAGUCUACACUUACUAUCGAUAAACUGUGUUUUACAAUGAAUUUUAUUCGACUAUAUUAGGUAUAUCUUUUCGCGUUGUGAGGAACGUUGUGCGAGUUACUAUAAUGUAAUAUCAUAUUCCUAUUUUUUUCUUUUUUUUUCGCCUUUUUUGGCAUUUAUUUAUCGAAACAUAUAUUUCUAGCUUAGAAUGAUGUUGGCCUAUAUGCAUUGCGUAUUUCUGUAUUUUAUAUUGUGUAUCAUAAUUAACAUUUUAUCGAUAUUAAGUUGAUUUUGAACGAUUGGAAGUUUUGUGUUGCAUUUAUUAAUGUCCUAUAAAAAUCAUGACAUUCAAAUAUGGUCAACGAUAUGACUGUAACAUGGUGUAUUGCACGCACUCAUUAUUUUAUUAGUCAUAUAAAAUGUAUUUAAUAUAGAACAAUCCGAUUAGAAGGAAAAACACUUCGGUUUGAAAAUUUAUUCAUUUAUUCCUACGGAUUGAUAAUGUGAACAUUUUUUCUAUGAACUGACCGCUUUUUUCCCGACAGUUUCUUUUCUUUCUUUUUAGGAUUCGUAAAUUAUUUUCCGAAUUUGACAAGAACUCGAUUAUUUAUUUAUUAUCCAUUCCUGCAAAAUUGACUGUGAUUUAACGAUAUGCUGAUAGACAUAGGGAAUUUAAAACAAUUCAUUUGUUAUUCACCUGUAGUAAUUCCUUUGGCAGAUUAUCGUAUUAAUACUAAUAUUUUUAUUGAAAUUAAUAUACAUCCUGCCUGAUUGAAGACACUGUGAAGACUGUAGACUGUAGACAGUAUAGUAAGCAAUCGAAGCUUCCGUAUUUUCUCCUUUCUGUUUUUUGAUUUUGGUUCGUUUCCCUUCUUCGCCAGCGGCUAUGCUAGAAAAGCUCAGCGAUUCACAAAAGCGAAUAAAUGAAAUAAACGAAUUGCGACGUCAGCGUGUUCUAGACUUGUUAUCUAUAAGUGCACAUAUAGUCAGUAACGAUUAUGAGACUUUGAACCUUAAACGAUUGUGAGACUUUAAACGAAUGCAUAUUUUACAGGACACUUGACAGACCUCGCAUUUAUUUAUAAGGUGUCCUUACAACAAAAACCAUUUCAAUACUCAGUAAUUUUUUCUUUUUUUUUUGGCGUUGCACGAUUCAUCAUGAAUUGAUAGAAAGAGAAUAGAGAUUGUUAAAAAAUAAUGAUCUCCAUUUAUUACCUGAAACGGAAUUUGAAUCUUGUAUGCUUGAUAGUCCUCGUUUCACGAUGAAAUAUAUCCGAGGAUAUAUCAGAGCGGAUAAGACCGUUGCCGAUGUUCGAUUUCAUCCUACACAAUAACUUAUCCUUAAGUCAGAUAUAUAAGGAAAAUUUCCAAUUGAUAUUAUAAAAUCUAGUACGAUUGCAAAUUCAUCGAAUGCAUAAUCGAUAACAUAAGUGUGCCCGAAAAUGCUCAACCGCAACGAUUGAACGAUUUUAUUGAAAUUUCUAGGGUCACCUCUGUUAACGAUGAUUAAUAAAAAUACUAAAAAGCUCGAUGUUAACAGCCCCGAAGCGUUAACGACUGUAAACUGCCGACAUUUUGCCAUAACGAAUUUUUUAAUUGUUCUUUCGGUAAAUACCUUAUAUUUUUAUAUUCUGUCUAUUAAUAUGGUAUUUGAAAAUGUGAACCGACUCUGCCAAUCAGUACGAUAAAAUUAAAAUCUUUGGACGCUAACUGACAAUAUGUAUGAAGUUCUUCUCGGCUGACUUUCACGGCAUCAUCAGAUAUCAUCAUCCCCAUAUCAUCCAUUCUUGUUCUUGCGUCGAUAGUCGGAAGAACCGAAGUACAUAUUGGUAAUUUGCGACGUAUAAUUGCCCUUUACUUGCUCUGUGUUUCAUUUUUAUUCGAGUGCUCGAUUUCAACGAACCUUAGUAUUUUUUCUUCAAACGUACACGAUCAUGUUCAAUUAACGUAAAAUAGCGUCGUUGAUGUUCUAAGUUUAGGGAUCGUUAACUCUUUGCGGUUUGAUUCAUAAGUAUUAUUUACAGGUAUCGAACUUGAAGUAUUCUGAUCAAACUAAUUGGAUAAAAUGCGCGAUAUGACAAAUGAGAAUGUAAUGUAUUAUUGAUCAUGUAAAAUUCAAUGGAAUAAAUUAUUUGUUUUUCUCAAUAUGACUAUGAACCGCAAAGCGUUAAAUUAAGAAGAAGCGUUUGUAAGUUUAACGUUUACAUUUUUUUACUGUGACGUGUCAACUUAGAGAUCUUCAAUCAACGUUUCAUACUCGAUUUGAUGCGACCACACUCUAAGAUGUAUGUCAUUGCAGCUUUAUUGUGUUAUUAUUCGCAUAUGGUCGCAUGGCCGUCGUACACUGCCUUGUUAUUUAUUAUCUUUUCAUCAUAUAAUAUCGGAUAUUCGUCAAAUCAGUCGUAAAUCACUAAUAAGACGUUGAUGCUUUGUAUUUUGUUAAAAAUGAAAUGAAUGUGUCGCUUAUACAUGUGCAUGUAUAUAUACAUGUAUAGUGUGUAUAUAUGUAUACUGUAAUGUAGUAGAAAUGGUAUUUAUAUGUGAAUAUCUAUAUAUAGAUAUACAUGUAUAUAUAGAUAUCAUUUUUACUCGCGACAUAUUUUAUCAGUUGAACUCGUACGUAAUAAUGGUUGUAGAUUUUGUAAGCGAACCGAAAAACGUGAUAUCCAUCAAGAAUACGUUUUCUUGCGGCUUACAAGUCGUACAGCUACUUAAAUUGUAUGCAUAAGAUUUGUCGUCCUUUCAAAAUACCUUAGAUACCGAGAUACAUUAAGUACCGAAGAUAGGGAAUACUAAUAAACAAUAGCUUCGUAUCGAUUAGCGAUUAUUAUUUGUAAUUCAUUGGCUAUUUUAUGUAACUUGUCAAUAUAAGUGUAGGAGAGAAUGUACGGACUUAAUUGAUACUUUUUAACGAUAACCUUCGACGGAGAUCCUUAAAGACUCGUAUCCUCUAAGAGACUGCUCCGUUGCUUUUCUUUCUCAGUCAAGUAUUUUAAAUACUUUUUCUUUUCUUCUUUAUUAAACGAGAUCAUCUGUAGAAAAAUUACUAUUUUCCAGUGUUCUCUAAACAAUUAACGUAUGUGUGUAAUAUGUAUGUGUGCGUGCGUGUGUGUAUUACAUGGCAGGGGCACAAAACUGAGUUCUAUUUCAUCGUAUCAAGUUCGACGAUCAUCGGAUCUUAACACACAUUUUAUUGAACGAAAAGUAACACAUCACUGACUCCGAAACGGUAUGCACUGUACAGGAAAAGAAAAGGAUUGAGGAUUCUGUUCUCUCUGAACUCUUGACUGCAUUCGUAGAGCAAAAUAAAUGAAUUUUGCAAUUAGAAUCCGAGCGUUCAACUUUUAUUUCAUUGUUCCUAACGAAGGCUUCGAGUUUGCGCGAGUAAACUUAUUUUAUAAGAGAAAGGAUAACCGUGAUAUCGAAUCGAAAUCAGAGCGUACUCAUCCUUAUAUUCUUCAUACUGUAAAUUUUGUUUAGGUGUAUAUAUUCUCGUGGUAAUAUUAUUACAUUAAAUAUAAUGGGAUAAAGAAAAAAAAAAAAAAAACGAUUAGCGUCCGCAACAUAGAGUUAAAGGAACGGCAUAAAAAGAUAAAAGAAUUGCGAUUAAAGUAUAUCGAUGUACAUGAUUGAAAACUAAUCCGCUCUCGGUAUUGUUUCCUCGAAUUGGUUCGUGCUACUCUUGUCCUCAGCUAGUCGAUAAUGUUAGGUGCAGCAGCAUUUUCACCCGAUCGAUCCUGAGUGCUAGUCAUUCUACUAUGCGCACCGGAGCAUCAAUUUUCAACCAACUAAUUCAGUAGAUCGAGAUGUAAAAAGUCUCCGUCAUUUUAACGAUAAUUUCCGUUGAAGCAAUAAUAUUGUCUGGAUACGAUUCUUUUUUUUUCCUCGACAUAAUGUUAAGAACAAGAUGUAUCGAAUAUUUGGUACUUGAAAUACAUAUUGUUCGAACGUAUGAGAUAUUGCUUUUUCUACGACACUUUUCUCUUGUAUAAAAUGCUGAAAUACCAUUUUUUACUGGGAAAUGCAAAUCAUCUUGUAAGAUGUUUUAUGUUUCAUGUAAGAAUAUACAAAAAGUUUCAGUGUCCAUGCAAUGGUUCAAUAUUUAAUAUUGAAGGUACACUGAUUUCAAAUUACGAAUUAAAGUACAUUAAAGAUUAAAGAAAUUAAAAAAUCCAAAUAAUCUGUGUCAAUAAGAGACUUCCUUUCUAAAUAAAUAAUUUAUAAAGAUUUUUCAAUACGCUCUAAUAUAUCAUGCUAUACUUUUUCUACUUGUAUUAAAAAGAAGAAAUAUAAAUUCUAUUAAAAAGAAUACUAGUAACUUUGAAAUGUUCUUGCUACCUUUACAUACAUAUAUCUACAUGUUUUUUGUGAUACUUUAAUUAACUUCUUCGUGUAAUUUAAACUUUAUGCGUUUGAUUAUAUAUAUUAUCCUAUAAUAUUUUUCUUAAUACAUUUUUUCAAGUAUAUACUUAUUUAUCGAUUAAAUUAUUAUGUCAUAUUUAUUUCUCUAUUAUUUAAUUUCUAUAUAAAUUUCUUUUACAACAAAUGAAUUUUAUUCCUGUAUUUAUCUAUCUCUUUUUCCACAUAUAUCAACACUUUAAGAGUGCAUGUUUAGAAAAUAAUAAACGAGUCAAAACGUUCUCUACUAGAGGUUUGUUUAUAUAAAAUUAAAGACUGCAAGCGUUUAAACUUUCUCUUACAGAACGUAUGCUAUGCGAAGGGAAUAAAAAACUGUUUUAUAGUCGCUUCUGUUUGAAAGCCUUUACUACACGCGAAGUAAGUGUAAGGUCUUUCACCGGUACAAAAAAGUUCGUGUACCUAGCCUCAACUAGGUGUUCGUUUUAAAACCUUUUUCUCGUACGCUACAAGUAAUACAUAAGCUUCCUUUUCAAUGCUAUGCUUUGCUACAUGUUAUCUCGGCAUUAUCUAAAAUUUAAUGAUUUCUCUUCGCGAAUAUCGCACCUAAUUGCGCCCUCUUAUUCUUUGUACACCUUUUUGCGGUAAAGCGUGCCCUUCUAUGUUGAUUUAUAUUUCCAUGCUGCUAUGCAGUGUAUGCAGUUUCUGUCCCAGGCACCAGGUAUCACGAAUGUAAAAUCUAAUCCUAAGAUGAAACCAGAACCGGUUAAUACUUGAAAAUGUUACAUUGGGAACAGAGAUAACUUACUUAUUUCAUCUGUGUCAGGAAUACCGAGACGUGAUUCUAAGUGUUGACAAAUAUCAUAAUACUCAUAAUAUGGUGAAGUGAAUUUUUAGACGGUUUUUUAAAAUAAAGGUUUUUUAUACAUGCUUCGUCGAUGGAAGCAUAGAGAUUCUGAUUAAAAUUUACGUGUUUCUGUGUUGGAUAGUCUAUACCAAAGAUGAAUUGUUAUACAUAUAUUGUACGACAAAUGUCAUUUUAAAUAAAAUAAUGAAAAUUC